AUGCUCAUGCACUCACUCAGUCUCCACGUCGCCCGCCUCCUCAUCUCAUCUCAUGUCUCGCGCCCCAGCCAGUCUCACCUCACCACGACUCGCAUCCCUAAUCCCCUCCAUUAG